AUGCAAAAUAUUGACGAAUAUUUAUCACUAUUAAAAGAAGGAAAAUGUUUAACUGAAAGAGAUUUGCGUAUGGUAUGUGAAAAAAUAAAGGAAUUAUUAAUGGAAGAAUCGAAUGUAUAACCAGUUAGAGCUCCUGUUACUAUAUGUGGUGACAUUCAUGGUUAAUUUUACGAUUUAUUAGAGUUAUUUAGAGUAGGUGGUCAAAUUCCUGAUACAAAUUAUAUUUUUAUAGGUGAUUUUGUUGAUAGAGGUUAUAAUUCAGUCGAAACAUUUGAAUAUUUGAUGUGUUUAAAAAUAAAAUACCCUCAAAAUAUAACAUUAUUAAGAGGUAAUCAUGAAACAAGAUAAAUAACAUAAGUUUACGGAUUUUUAGAUGAAAUAGUGCGAAAAUACGGCAAUUAAAAUCCUUGGAAAUAUUGCACUGAUGAAGUAGAAGUACCACAUGAUGGCCCAUUUUGUGAUUUAAUGUGGAGCGAUCCGGAAGAUAUUACUACUUGGGCCAUUAAUACUAGAGGUGCAGGGUGGUUGUUCGGAUCAUAGGUUACUAAGGAAUAUAAUUAUUUAAAUGGAAUAAAUUUAAUUGCAAGAGCGCAUUAAUUAGUUGACGCUGGUUAUUAGUUUUGGUUUCCUGAUAAAAAUCUAGUUACCGUUUGGAGUGCACCUAAUUAUUGUUAUAGAUGUGGAAAUUUAGCCGCUAUUCUUAAAUUAAAUGAAGAUUUGGAAUAAAAGUUCGAAACUUUUGAAGCAGUAACAGAUGCUUCGAAGCAGAUUAAUCCAAAAAGUUUAUUACCAUAUUUUUUGUGA